GCUGCCCCGUCUCGCCGCCGCCGCCACCCGCCUCCGCUUCGAUUUCCCCCUCGACGCCGCGCGCUCCUUCUCCGGGAAGGAAGAGGGACAAGGGGAAACCUCUGGAUCUCGGGCCGCCCGCCUCGUUGGGAGAUGGUGGUGGCGCUGCGGUUCCCGGGGGUCGCGCGGGAGCCUCCGGCCGCGCUCUCCAUCCGCGCCGCCUCCAAGCUCGGGAGGGAGCAGCAUUUUGUGUGUGCAAGUGCUAGGCCGGGAGCGCAAUGCUGGCGGAGGAUGGGGUUGGUGGUUCGGUGCCAGACGGGGCCGGCAAUUCUGAAGGAGGAGGAGGCCGCGCUGGCGGCGGAGAAGGCUGGGAUGGGGUUUACCGUCGUGAUGAAGUUCGGCGGGUCGUCGGUAGCCUCAGCCGAGCGGAUGAGGGAGGUGGCCGACCUCAUCCUCAGCUUCCCCGAGGAGACGCCGGUCGUCGUCCUCUCCGCCAUGGGGAAGACCACCAACAACCUCCUGCUGGCCGGAGAGAAGGCGGUGAGCUGCGGCGCCCCCAAGGCGUCUGAAAUCCCCGAGCUCUCGGUUAUAAAGGAGCUGCAUCUUAGGACGAUUGAUGAGCUUGGAUUAGAUAGGUCGAUUGUUUCAGGCAUAUUGGAUGAAUUGGAACAACUUCUUAAAGGCAUUGCUAUGAUGAAAGAGCUGACUCUUAGGACACGAGAUUACCUUGUUUCCUUCGGUGAAUGCAUGUCUACAAGAAUAUUUGCUGCAUACUUGAAUAAACUUGGGAAAAGGGCACGGCAGUACGAUGCAUUUGAUACUGGCUUUAUAACCACUGACGAUUUCACAAAUGCGGAUAUUCUUGAAGCCACUUAUCCUGCUGUUGCAAAGAGGCUACAAGGAGACUGGAUUGAUGACCCUGCUAUUCCUAUAGUCACUGGUUUUCUUGGGAAGGGAUGGAAAUCAUGUGCUGUCACCACUUUAGGCAGGGGUGGUAGUGACUUGACAGCGACGACCAUCGGCAAAGCCUUGGGUUUAAGAGAAAUCCAGGUUUGGAAGGAUGUAGAUGGUGUGUUGACAUGUGAUCCUAAUAUUUACGCAAACGCGAUACCUGUACCCUACUUGACUUUUGACGAGGCAGCUGAACUUGCGUACUUUGGUGCACAGGUUUUGCAUCCCCAAUCUAUGCGACCAGCUAGGGAAGGUGGUAUACCAGUUAGAGUUAAGAAUUCAUACAACCGUCAUGCGCCUGGUACUGUCAUCACUAAAGCGAGAGAUAUGAGCAAGAGUAUAUUAACCAGCAUUGUGUUGAAAUCAAAUGUUACAAUGCUGGAUAUAGUGAGCACACGGAUGCUCGGCCAGUAUGGUUUUCUAGCAAAGGUCUUCUCCAUAUUUGAAGAUUUGGGUAUCUCUGUUGAUUGUGUGGCUACUAGUGAAGUCAGCAUAUCGUUGACACUAGAUCCAUCAAAACUAUGGAGUCGUGAAUUGAUCCAGCAGGAACUUGAUCAUGUCGUUGAAGAGCUUGAAAAAAUUGCAGUUGUUCAUUUGCUGCAGCACAGAUCAAUCAUCUCCCUGAUUGGGAAUGUACAGAGGUCGUCAUUGAUCCUUGAAAAGGCAUUCAAUGUUCUACGAAAAAAUGGUGUUAACGUCCAGAUGAUCUCACAAGGAGCGUCCAAGGUGAACAUUUCCUUGGUGGUCCAUGACAGUGAGGCAAAACAGUGUGUACAAGCCCUCCAUUCAGCAUUCUUUGAGAACGGUUUCCUGUCGGAAGUCGAGGGAGCAGAUGGUCCACAGAACGGCUCCGCCCUGAAUUCAAAUGGUGCCAUUUAUGCAAAUUAGUGAACUCUGCAUUCUCUGGGAUUGGUAUGCCAUUGAUAGGUGGAAGAGGUGAUCCAUAGCUGCUAUUUAUUUAGGUCACCUGAGGUAAUUCCUUGGUGUUGUAACUUGUAACAGCCUACCAGGAGUAUGGCUUAGUGUUACAGUUGCAUGGUAUGCCAUUGUUUACCAUGCUAUUGGGCGCUACCAAGCAGUAACUGGUGUCUAAAUGGUCUGCUACUUUGAAAGUAUUUCCGAGCUUAUGUAUCAGAAAUUUGUACGUGUACCAGAAAAAUAAGAGAAGUAUAUUGCACCCUUUGGGUGGUGGUUAAGCC